AUGAUCAUUGUUCAUGGGCUACCAUUUCUUUUCUCUGAAUAUGAAAUGCUAAAUUUAUUGAUGAGGACCGCAACUCCAUAUUAUCAGAAGAUUAGUCGUGCUACUGUGAAAAAAGAUUGUACAACUUCUUAUGAAAUUGAGAAGAAAAAAGUUAUGGAAUCAUUAAAAGAUGUGAAUAGGGUUAGUGUGACUACUGAUUUAUGGAAGUCAGAUCAGAAGGUUUCAUAUAUGAUUGUCACUUGUCACUAUGUGGACUCUAGUUGGAAUUUGCAAAAGCGGAAUUUAAGUUUUUUAGAUAUUCCUCCACCUCAUAAUGGUGUUUCCAUUUGUGAUGUGUUAAAUAAGUGCUUGGUUAAAUGGAGAAUUGAGAAUAAGAUAUGGUCAAUUAUAGUUGAUAAUGCUAGCUAUAAUGAUGUAGCUGUGAGGAUGUUGAAGGAUAACGUCUCCUAUAAAAAUAAUUUUCCUCUUGCUGGUAAAUUAUUUCAUGUAAGAUGUUGUGCACACAUCUUGAAUCUUUUGGUGCAAGAUGGGUUAUCUGAGAUUCAAGAUAUUAUUUUCAAUGUGCAUGAAAGUGUGAAACAUAUACCUGCCUCAGAGACUCAUGUUAAUAUAUUUAGUGAAAUUUCAAACCAAUUGAAACAAUCUUCGAAGAAACUUGUUUUGGAUUGUUGCACGAGGUGGAAUGCCACAUUUUGUAUGCUAUCGACUGCUUUAGAGUUCAAAGAUGUUUUCCCUAGAUAUGCAGCAAGGGAUGCAACUUAUACUUUUUUGCCAAGCGAGGAGGAUUGGAAGAAGGUUAGUGUUGUUUGUUCAUUUUUUGAGGAAUUUAAUGAAAUAACUCAUCUUAUUUUGGGAAGUGAAUAUCCUACUUCUAACUUGUUCCUUACUGAACUUUACACCAUUAAAAAGUUGUUAAAUGAAGCAAGUGCAGAUGAAGGAAGUUUCAUAGUAGAAAUGAUUAACAAGAUGAAGACUAAAUUUGAUAAAUAUUGGUGUGAUAACAACUUAUUGAUCUCUAUAGUAGCAGUUUUAGAUCCAAGGAACAAGAUGAAGUUGAUUGAAUGGUGUUUUCCGGAGAUAUAUUCAGUUGGUGAUGCAAUUGAGCACAUUUCUAUGGUUUGUGAGACAUUACACAUUUUGUAUAAUGAGUAUGUUGAAGCUCAUAAAACUAGUGUUGACAGUAGCAAUGUUCAAAGUGAAACUCAAAGAGAAAGUUCUAUUGGUAGGAGUAAUUUAAAUGGAAGAGGAAGAGGUAAAGUAAUAGCACAAUUUUCUAGUUACAUAAAGAACAUUAACCGUGUUGAGCAAGUAAAAUUUGAACUAGAAGUGUAUUUGGAUGAAGGGUGUGUUAUUUGUGAAGAUGAAACUGACUUUGAUGCAUUGUCAUGGUGGAGAAUUAACAACUUAAAAUUUAGGAUCUUAUCAAAAAUGGCUUGCGAUGUAUUAUCAAUUCCGAUAACUACAGUUUCUUCUGAAUUGGCUUUUAGUGCCGGUGGUAGGGUAAUUGAUCCUCAUCAUGGCUCUUUGGCAACAAAUAUAGUCCAAAUGUUGCUCUGUGCAUCGAUUGGUUGCGUGCUUAUUAUGGAAUCAAGAAAAAAAAUCAAAGGUGAUUUUAACGAGCUCGAUUUCGAGCUCGAUUAUGUGCAUAACAAGCUCGAGCGCGAUUAUGUGCCUAACGAGCUUGAGCUCAAUUAUGUGCCUAAUGAGCUCGAGACUAACGAGCUCAAGCUCGAGCCUAACGAGCUUGUUUAA